AUGCCUCACGAUAGCUUGUCCCUGGAGGAAAGACUUUCCCCAAUAAAACUAGCGGCAUUUGAUUCUGCUUCACGAACACAAUCUGAUGAGAUUCAGAGAAAAGUGAGUGCAUCCGCGGAUUUGUCCUCUCGAUCAGCAUUUGGUCUCAUUAAGCACCCUCAUGGACUUCAGGCAAAACACGAAUAUCGCAGAAAUACUUUGAACCACCCAAGCUCAUUCAAGACGCCAGCUAAGCCAACAACUAGAGAUGUUGUGACAUCUCCGCGUUUGGUGGCACCUGUCUUGCAACCAGAUAAUACGGACUCUAUUGCGGACAGUCCUUCUUAUAGAAUUAGAAGCAAGCGGGUCACUGAAAAGGUCGACAAUGAUUCAAAUCCCCUUUUAAUUGGAAACGGUACUACGAAAAAGACUCAAACUGAACAUAACUCAAACAAGAGACCUUCUUCAGGAGAAGUUUCGCUGUCCGUAUUUAAACAGUCCAGACUUUCGUCCGCCGGAAAGUCGCAUGGUGCUAACACCUCCGAUUCAUCUUUUCACAACGAGUUGCUUGAACGAAUGAAUAGUAGCCCUGAGAAUAUCAAUCAUGGAGACGACCCUGCGAUGAGCCUCACAGAGAAGCAGUUCGGUGACGACCUCAUGGAGAAUCAUGAUUCACGGAUCCUGGAAAGUAACCAGCCUGGUGUCAUUGUGCAUUUAAAUGAUACCCCCAUUUAUACUGCUCACCAAAUGGAGAUGUCAAGGCAAAGUCUAUUGAGUGAAAUAGUGAAGAUGGAAGCUAGUGUUGUUGAGAAAAAUGACGAGAUAAUUGAACUUACCAGUGCUGUGAGUAAUGCAAAGAAUAGAAUUUUGCGUCUUGAAGAGGGAAUCAACGAAAAACUGCGAGCUGAAUCACAUCUCAAAGAGAGUGUUCAUCUCCUAGAUUUGCAAAUUGAUCACAUCAAUAAGGAAUUUGAGCCAAGUUAA